AUGACAUUAGAGAAUCCUCGUGAAAAAAUUCCUGGGAAAGGUCCGAAUCGUGAUUUGAUUGAGGAACUACGAUCAGAUUUCAGCUUUGAUUUCGAAUUCGAGGACUUUAUAGAUUGUCUCUCUGAACAAAGCGAGAAUUCUUUCGCUGCUUUUCUUUCGCGUUACUAUUUCGGUGAGUCGUUUGUCGUAGCUAAUGAAAAGAAGAUUGUUUCUGUGUCAUUUCUUAGUUAA